AUGUCAGAUAAUUUAAAAAUAGAUGAAGAUAACAAUUUAACAUUCCAAAAUAUCGAAACUAAUAACAUCACGGAAGAGGUAAUAUCAGAAAAAGGUAAAAUAUAUCACGAAAAAAAUGAACAGAAUGACAAUAUUGGUAAUAGCGGAAAAAAUGUAAAAGAAGCAUCAAUUGGUAUAAAUACAGAGAUAACAGAAAACGAGGUUACCAAAGUAGUAAUAGAUAAUGAAGAAAAAAAUAUAAAAUUGUUAAAUAAAGAUGUUGAUUGUUCUUUAAGUUUAAGGGUUAAUAAAGCUCCCGAAUUAAAUAAAACUCAAAAUGAAACAAUAAAUAGUGAUAGACAAAAUAAUGUCGAAUAUAAUGAACAUAAUUAUAAUGGCAUUAAUACAACAUGUGAUGAAAAAGAAUGGUCAUAUAAUAUUUCCAAAGAAAUAAAUAAAAGAUUAGUAAAUUUAGAAAAUGAAAUUAACGGAAUAGAUAAAAGUGUGGAAAAAACAAAUUAUGUUCUACAAAAUAUUCAAGGUGAAAAUUUUGAAAAUAAUAAUGAUAAAGAGAAAGAUCUUGAAGUGUUUUCACUUAUAAAUACAGUUAAUAAUUUUAAAAAUGAAAUCGAAAAUGAUAAUAAUAAUAUUUUUGAAACAAUUAGUAAAAAAGGGCUACUAUUUAUACUAACUAUACAAGAAAUAUUUAUAAAUAAAACACAACAAAUAUUAUGUACAAAAUGUUGUAAUGAGAUGCAUUGUAUAGAUAAUAUUAAUACAAUUUUUAAAGAUAUUCUUAAAUUGAAAAUAGAAAAACAAACAAAUGAAAUAUAUAUGGUUCGAUUUUUAGAAAAAUUAAAAACGGAUUCUACAAAAUCGAAUAGAAUACUAAAAGACAAAAUAAAUGAACAAUAUAUUUUAAUAAAUAAAUUAAUUAAAGAAAAAGAAGUUCUUAACAAUACAAUAAAUAAAUUAAAACAAAAUUUAUUAUUAAUGCAAACUGAAAAUAAUGUUUCAUCGUCAAAUAUCAAAAUAAAAAUACAUAACCAUUUUCUUAUUUUCACAGAUUAUGUAUAUCAAUUGUUAUUAAAAAUUUAUUCUGAAUUUUCAGAAAAAAAUGAUAAAUUAGCUUGUCUAAUUGAUAAAUUAAAAUCGGUCAUGUUAGAAGAUCGAGAACAUUUUCCCAAUAUUGAAAAAAAAAAAAAAAAAAAAAAAAUACUUGGUCUUUUAGAAAAUAUUAAUGAGACUGAUAAAAAAAAAUGCAAAUCAGAAAAAACAAAGAAAAAUAAAAGACCGAACAAAAAAAAUAACACUAAGAAUAUCAAAAAUAGUGAUAAUAAGGCAAUUUCAAAAAGUAAACGUAAAAAAAAUAUUCAAAAAAAUUCAGAUAGUGAAUAUACAGAGAAUAUCAGUUCAACUUCAUUAUUUAAUAAAUCCAAAUUAUCAACUUGUUCAGGAAAAAAUAUGACUUGUUCAGAAAAAAAUAUGACUUGUUCAGAAAAAAAUAUGGCUUGUUCAGAAAAAAAUAUGGCUUAUUCAGAAAAAAACGUGACUUGUUCAGAAAUUCUUGAUUCAGAUAAUUAUGCUGAACAAUUAUCAAGCGAAAUGUGUUUAUCCGAUUUAACAAAUAUGAAUACAAAAAUUUGGGGAGUUAAUAAAAAAAAAAAGAAAAAAAAAAAUAGUAAUGACAAUCGUAAUGAUAAUAAUAGUUUAGUUAUUUGCAAAAACACAAAGGAAAAUAGUUAUCUAUUAAAAAAGAAAAAAAAAAUAAAAUCACGACCCUUUGUUUAUAAUGAAAAAGAAUUUGAUAAAAACAUAAAUUCGAAAAGUUUUAAAAGUAGACAAAUAAAAAAGGAAUUAAAUAAAUAUAAAAAACGUUAUAUAGAAGAGAUAAAAAGAAAUAAAACAUUAAAAUUUCUUCUAAAAAACAAGGAUGAAGAAAUAGAACAAAUAAAAAAAGGACAUCGUAGUGAAAUGGAAAGACAACAAAUAAUGUAUGAACAAAAUGAAGAAAAUCAAAUAAAAAAAAUAAAUGAAAUGAAAAUAUUAUUGGAUAAUCAUAAAAUUAACAACGAACAGUUAGCAAAUAGAAACAAUGAAUUUAAUGAGCAAAAUGAUGAAUUAAAAAAAAAAGUAGAUAUGUACAUGUAUUCAGAAAAAAUAUUAAAUAUAUCACUUUCAAAAGAAAAAGAAAUAAAUAAUAAUUUAUUAUCAGAAAAUAUAAAAUUAAAAAAUAUAAUUCUACAAAUUAAUAAUAAACAAUAUGAAAAUCAUAUGGAAAAUUUUACAAAUAAUCAAAAUUUAAAUUAUAUGAAUAAAAAUGAAAUAAAUGAUCCAAAUAAUUAUCAAGUAUUUUACAGAAAUUAUCCUGAUUCUUAUAUUAAUGAAAUAGACAAAAAAUAUUUUGAUAUACAUAAUUAUAUAUCUACAAAAUUUCCGAGACAAGAUAUGGGAAAUUGCAUAGAUUGUAUGCAUGAAAAUAAUGGAACUAGAAAUUUGAAUUAUAAAUUAAUAAAUCACAAAAAAAAAAAUAGAGAUAAAAAAGAUAUAGACAGAUGUAGAUUCAAUGAUUCAAGUGAUAGUUAUGUAAAUGUUAAUAAACAUAGUGAUCACGAAAAAUAUUAUAAUAAAUCUUUUAAAAAAAAAUAUUAUCAAAAUAAUUGUAAAUUUGGUGAUAUAGGUUCUUCAUGUUAUAGUGACAAUUAUAUUGAUGCAAAAAAAACAAGGAAAAAUUAUAAAUUCGAAAAAAAAAUAGAUAGAAAAAUUGAAAGAAAAAUUGAAAAAAAAAACGAAAAAAAAAACGAAAAAAAAAACGAAAAACAAAAUGAAAAACAAAAUGAAAAACAAAAUGAAAAACAAAAUGAAAAAGCACAAAGAUUGAAAAAACGAAACAACAGCAUAUCAUCAGAAAGUAUAAAUAAUAAUUCAGAUCAAAAAAUCACAAAUGAAAUAAAAAAAGAUCUUUUAAAUUUCAAUGAAACAAAUUAUAAAAAUAUGAUAAAAAAUAUAACUAAAGAAAAAAAUGAAAUAGAAAAAAUAAAAGAAGAUGAUUUAUAUUCUAUAUUUAUGCAAAAUUGGGGCGAUUCAAAUAUGUUAAGUAAUGAAAACAUAGGAACACUAAAUUUUAGUUCCUCUUUUUUAAAUGAUAAUGAAAUAUCUAUUAAUGAAGAAAUAAAAGACAAAGGUUUUAAAAGUGAAAUAAAUCUCAACAAUUCUAUUGAUCUAUCUUCACAAAAUAAUAAAAUGUCUACAAAAAUAAAUCAGGAACAAAAUUCAAGUCUAUAUUAUAAUAAUGAAGUAAAUAAUUUAGAAACUGUUACACAAAAUAAGGAAGAAAAAAAUAUAGAACAACAAACUUGGUCCAACCCAUCAAAUUCACUAUAUAAUAAUAAAAAAGAUAAACAAAAUUUAGAAAUUUAUAAUUCAAUGGGAUUUAUUCAAAGUUCUGAAAAUAAAAAUAUCGAUCUAAAUAAAGAUGAGAAUAAAAAUAUCGAUCUAAAUAAAGAUGAGAAUAGUCAUACUAAUUUAGCAGAAACAAUUGUUAAUAAAAUUUCUGAUAAAGAAAAUAAUGAAGGGAAUGAUAUUUUAAUAAAUUAUGAAUGGUACAAAAAAAAUAAAGAAAAAUAUAUGCACAUAAGUUUAAAAAAUAAAAUAGAUAAUUCAAAUGAAUCCGAAAUAACAAGAAAAGAUGCGAAAAAUGUUUUAAUAGCUCAUACAUUAAAUAAAUUGGAUCCUAGAAUAGAUAAUAAAAAUGUUCCAGAAAAUACACCAUCAAAUAUGUGGAACAAUAAUGAUUUAAAUUAUAUAACUAAUAAAAAAAGUAUUGACAGUCUCCAUUACAAUAGUAAUUAUUCUGACAAUAUUUCCAGAAAUUUAAAUGGCAUUAGUUUAAAUAAUAGUGAAGCUCAUGAAAUUUGUAAAUCCUUAAAUCAGGAGUGCGAUAAUCAAAACGAGACAUUUUUCCAGCCAAUAAAAAUCGACACCGAUUUGGGGUCGAGAAAAGGUGCACUAAAUGAAGUGGAAGACAUACUAAAAAAUAAAUCGCCUGAAAUUUCUAUAUCCACAGAAUCACAAAAAUUAGUUGAUCAAACAGUUAGCGGUCAAACGAAGAAUAAAAAUACGAUUUUGUGUAAUGAUGCAGUAAAAUAUAUAUGCACAACUAACAAUAAUAAAAAUAAUAACAAUAAUAAAAAUAAUAGUAACAGCAUGGAUAACACACAAAAAAUAGUGAAUCAAAUCUAUAUUAACAAUAAUUCUUCCCUUUUAAAUGCACCAAACCUUGCAAAUAAUAUUUUGACUUAUAGUUCCACUGGAAAUUAUAAAACGAUUUCAAACAAUACCAUAAAUUUAGAUAGUAUCAAACAUGUUGAUCAAAUAAAACAAGAGAAUAUAAAAAUUCACAUGGAACCAUCUCAUAUUUCAAAUAUAAUAAAUGAAUAUAACAAUGAUAAUAAAAAUAAUUAUGCUUUAUUAAAAGAAAAUGAACAAUAUAAUAUAAAUUUAAUUUCCCAAACAAAUGAUGUGUGCAAAAGUCCAACAAAUCAAAAUAAAAAUACAAAAAAUAGGGGUGUUCUUAGUAGAAUAUUACGAAAAAAAUAA